UAGAACAAGAGCGGAGGAGAUCGUGGGAUGCUAUUUUUCACGAGAUUAAUUGCUGUGACGAAUUAGAGCAAUCACAUUAGUCAUAUUAGGGCAAGAUAAAAGGGGCAUGUGGUAAAAGCCGUAUCCACGAACCUGAGCCGCGCCAUACAGCCGACUAUCGGGGUUCGCACCAAACCCCGAAAGAAUUACCCGCCGAAGUACCCCACAACUACCCGCUUUUGCCUCGCCUCUUUACAUUCGACAACAUCGUCGCUAACACCGGCCUGCUGUCUCGACGUGUUCAUGGAGCUUAUCAGUCUCCGCUCUGAAUUCUUGCUUGCUUUCAGUCCGAGUCCCAUACUCCAUCGCAAUCGAAGACUGAUCCCUUCCUUCUCAUUUUCGUCGAUCACUCCGUGCAAAUGUAAACGAUCAAAGGAUCCCGAAGAGAAGGAAAAGAGCUUAAAGUCUGCCAGGUUGCUCCAGUUCUCGGUAACUCUAACCGUAAUUUCCUCUUCAAUCCCGCAACCUCUCGCUCAUGCCAAGGUAGCUGAUAAGAGGCGGACGCCCAAGAGAGCCACAGAGACGAUCUCUCCUGACGAGGUCAAGCUUUGGUCUCGCGGACUCCCGACCGUCAGCAAAAGGAUUCCAUACACUGAUCUGCUAAAGCUCAGAGAAGAGGGCAAGCUUAGGCACAUCGUUAAGCUUCCUACUGCAGCUCUUAGGCAAAGAGCGGAUCCUGUUCUUGCGGUUUUGGACGAUUCUAAAGUUGUGAGAACAGUCCUCCCCACAAUCGAGGGAGAUUCCAAGUUCUGGGAAACUUGGGACGCUUUGCAGCUGAAUUCUCUGUGCAUCAAUGCGUAUACACCCCCAGUGAAGAAGCCGGAACUUCCUUCACCUUAUCUAGGUUUUUUGUCAAAGGUCCCAGCUUUCAUAUUCUCGUUUAUAAAGUCAAAGCCGAAGUCCAAGCGGGCGCUUGAGCUUGAGAGAGAGCGGAAGGAGCUGGUGGCAAGGAAGAAAGCCGAGCUGGCAACCGUGAGGCAAGAGAGGCAAAAUAUGGAGAAGACUCUUAGAAACCAGAAGAAAUUGGAGGACAGAAAGAGGAGAUUGGAAGAAAAGAAGGUUAAGUACAAGGAAUCCCUUAAACAGGCUAGGAAAAAUUACCAUACCAUGGCACAGAAGUGGGCUAGCUUGGCCAGGGACCAGAAUGUUGCAACUGUGCUAGGAUUGCUUUUUUUUUUUGUCUUUUAUCGAACUGUUGUGCUUAGCUAUAGGAAGCAAAAGAAAGAUUUUGACGAUAGGUUAAAGAUUGAGAAGGCAGAAGCAGAGGAAAGGAAGAAGUUGAGGCAGUUAGAGAAGGAGAUGGCAGGACUUCAGGAUGCUGGGGAGGAUGAAGUUGAAGAUAGAGAAGGAGAGCAAAACCCUUAUCUUCAGAUGGCGAAGAAGUUCAUGCUGUCUGGUGCUAGAGUACGAAGGGCUCAUAGUAAUCGUCUGCCCCAGUACAUGGAGAGAGGCGUUGAUGUGAAGUUUAAGGAUGUUGCUGGGCUUGGAAACAUUAGGCUUGAGCUUGAGGAGAUUGUUAAAUUUUUUACCAUGGGAGAGAUUUAUCGAAGACGAGGCGUGAAAAUUCCAGGAGGCAUACUUUUAUGUGGUCCACCUGGCGUGGGUAAGACUUUACUGGCAAAGGCUGUCGCAGGGGAGGCCGGUGUCAAUUUUUUCUCCAUUUCUGCUUCACAAUUUGUUGAAAUUUAUGUUGGGGUUGGUGCAUCACGUGUACGAGCACUUUAUCAGGAAGCGAGAGAAAACGCUCCUUCUGUUGUAUUCAUUGACGAGCUUGAUGCUGUUGGUAGAGAGCGGGGAUUAAUUAAGGGUUCUGGUGGACAGGAACGAGAUGCUACUUUAAAUCAGCUGCUUGUAUGCUUGGAUGGAUUUGAAGGAAGAGGUGAUGUCAUCACUAUUGCUGCAACAAACAGACCAGAUAUUCUUGACCCUGCCCUUGUUCGUCCUGGGCGUUUUGAUAGAAAAAUAUAUAUCCCAAAACCCAGUUUGACUGGUCGUGUUGAGAUUCUGAAGGUACAUGCUCAGAAGAAACCCAUGGCAGAAGAUGUAGAUUACUUUGCUGUUGCUAGCAUGACAGAGGGAAUGGUUGGUGCUGAACUUGCGAACAUAGUUGAGAUUGCAGCCAUAAAUAUGAUGAGAGAUGGAAGAGCUGAGAUAACAACGGAUGAUUUAUUGCAAGCUGCACAAAUAGAAGAAAGAGGAAUGCUUGAUAAAAAAGAAAGAAGUGAAGAGAUGUGGAAACGACUUGCUCUUAAUGAAGCAGCUAUGGCUGUUGUAGCAGUGAAUUUUCCUGAUCUAAAACAUAUUGAAUUUGUCACAAUUUCUCCUCGAGCUGGCAGAGAAUUGGGUUAUGUACGAGUAAAAAUGGAUCAUAUAAAGUUUAGCAGUGGAAUGCUUAGUCGGCAGUCCCUCCUCGAUCACAUCACUGUUCAGAUAGCACCCCGAGCUGCAGAUGAAAUAUGGUAUGGUGAGAAUCAGAUGAGCACUAUUUGGGCAGAAACAGCUGAUAAUGCUAGAUCCGCUGCAAGAAGCUUUGUACUUGGUGGUCUUUCUGAAAAAUUUUAUGGGUUGGCCGAUUUCUGGGUUGUGGAUCGAAUAAAUGAAAUAGAUCAGGACGCCCUGCAUGUUCUUAGCAAAUGCUAUGAACGAGCUAAGAAAAUUUUGGAGCAGAAUAGAACCCUGACGGACAAGCUUGUUGACGAGCUUGUGUGGAAGAAAAACCUCACUAAGCAGGAAUUCUUUCACCUGGUUGAAGAAAAUGGCCAGCUUGAGCCCUACCCACCUACUAUUAUUGAUAUUUGGAACGCAAAGAGAGUACAGUUUCAAGAAAUGAUGAUGAGCCGAAAAUGAUCAUCUCACAAGGGGUUAUGAAAAUUUUGUUCAUUUGUUUCUAUAUUCACCGUUGUUCUUUCAUUGCUGGCUUAUAAAUAAAAUCAUUUAGUAUUUCUUGAUAUUUAUUUCUUAUUAUUUUUUCCCAAUCA